AAAGUGUUCCUGGACUUGAUGAGACCUUGCGUGCCUACGCGCAGGCGCCGCCUUCCCCUCACGCCCAGCGACCGCAACGCAGCAGGGCCGCAGCAGCGCAGCGCCACCAGCGUGGCUAUCCGCGGCCGUGUAGCAGUGUGUGUCCGCCCCCGAUAUCCGUGUGUUGGUUUGGGCUGCUUAUCGUUAGGGCCUGUGCGUCGUGCCUCGGGGAGCCCUGGCCACGACGUCGGAAGGUGCUCCGUGUGAACGGCCCACUGGCGCUGGAGCCUGGUCGGCCAGCACCCGCAGCUAGGAGCCGCGCCGCGGCGGCGGGCGCAUGCGCUUGUCAAUGGCGGCGGCUCGGGCUGCAGCGCCGCACGCAGCCCCUCGUAGAGGGUUGGCUGACGCCACGCUGGGCCGGCUAGGCGGCCACCUCUGACGCCUUCUCCGAUGACUGCAAGCAGUGCCAGUAUGGGGUAAUUCCAAUGCUGAAUGGCACAUGGCAAAGCGGAUGAAUUGAAUGAAAUGGUUCAGCCAAAGGGAGCAGCCCAUCUUUUCCACGAAAGCGCACGUGUUCCACAUCGACCCCAAGACGAAGCGGUCCUGGAUACCAGCCAGCAGCCAGGCGGUGAGCGUCAGCUUCUUCUAUGACUCAAGUCGCAACCUGUAUCGCAUCAUCAGUGUUGAGGGCACCAAGGCGGUAAUCAACUCCACCAUAACGCCCAACAUGACCUUCACCAAGACCUCCCAGAAAUUCGGCCAGUGGUCUGACAUCCGAGCCAACACUGUUUAUGGCCUUGGCUUUGGCUCGGAGCCUGACCUGAAUAAGUUCAUCGAGAAGUUCCAGGAGGUGAAAGAGGCGACCCGGCUGGCUGCCCAGAAGGCUGGCAACAACGGUGUGGCGGCCGUGCGGCCCCCCGAGGGAGGGGAGGCUGGCGGGGGGGACCCCACGGCGCUUCACGGUGGUGGCAGCCCCAAGCACCAGCAGGCAGCAGCCAAGGCGUCGCUGCCCCAGACAACGGCCGAAGCGCAGCUGCGCUAUGAAAACGAUAGGCUCAAACUUGCGCUGGCACAGAGCUCGGCAAACGCCAAGAAGUGGGAGGUGGAGCUUCAGACGCUCAAGAACAACAACGGCCGGCUCACAUGCGCCUUGCAGGAGAGCACGGCCAAUGUAGAGGAGUGGAAGCGGCAACUGCAAGCGCUCAAGGAGGAGAAUGCCACCAUUCGUGGCCGUAUGCUGGAUCUGGAGGCUGGCAGUGCCCCCGAUGCCCAGGAGCUUCGCCGGGAGCUAGCCACAUUGCGCAGCCGUGCUGAGCUUCUAGAUCGAGAGCACAAGCAGAAGGACAAAGAGUUGGAGGCACUGAAGCGAAAGUUGGAGGACCAAACGCCAGGCAAAGCAGAUGAGAGGCUGAAGUUUGCUGCAAUGCUCCUACUGAAUCUUCGUGGCAUGCAACAUGCCCAGGCACUGCUGUCCGAAAAUGAGGCGCUGAAGAGCGCUGCGCAGCGUCUCCAGGAACAGCUGUGUGUGGCCCAGGGACGCCAGGCUGCCUGGGAACAGCUGGCACAACGCAUCGCCCACCGCCUGCAUGACUUGCGUGACCUGCAGCAUGAGCUGGCUGCAUUACUGUCUGCCUCCUGACCCCAUUCGGUGUCGUUGACACACCAGCAGCCCCACCUGUCAGGAGGAGGCGCAACAAGGGUCCCGGCGAGGGAAGUACCUCCUCCUACCACUCACGAGCCAAGAGCAUGCUAGCCAGCACCAGGCCUGGCAAGAUCUGCUCAGCGCCGCCCCCUUCCUAAGCAAGAGGGAAGGCUCCUCACUUGGUCUUGUGCGCGAGUCGUGGGCUCAUCUACUCCAAACUGAUGGCCAACAAAAGCUUGGCCAGCAGCACUGUGCAGGCAGUUUUGUCGGCAGAAACAAGUUGUAUACACCUGGACAUUGCAUGUGUGGCCACGGCAGUUUCAGUCUAGGAUGAUGUCACGUGCUGUUUGUCCACGUAAACCAGUCAUUGCUCAUUAAAUUGUCAGUGUCAAACCUGAGAACUCAGUGACGUGACUUAGGCAGCAGAUUUGAUCGAGCUUCCGCAGUGAUAUUGCGAGGUUUGUUUUGUGACAUUUUAUCGGCAUGAGAGUAAUUCAGCAAUACGGAAAAGCUGUACAAAUUCUUUUGCGAAAUAAGCUUGGAGACAUGCUCUUCCAGGAUUGCACAUUAAAAGCUUCAUGAAAUACGUAGCUAGAUAUUUUGUUGAGAUAAAGUAAAAGCCUUCUUAAGUGGACUGUUACGGGCCACUUUUUACUAUUAUAUAUAUUUUCUGGUGUCUACGUCACACCAAUGUGCCACACCAUGUAUUUGUUUAGCCCCCAAUGCACUGCCCUCGGUCUAUGCUAAGAAAACAAUUGCCAUUUAAUCUCAACCCUUGGAGCCAAUGUAAUUCUCAUAUGAGCAGAAUCUCAGCCAACAUUGGUGCUGAGGACUCGCAAGAUCAACUGUCACAUGUAUUACCUGAAGAAUCUCUCUUUAGUUUGCAUCACACUGGCUUGCUGAUGCAUUUGCGGACAUGUGAGUUUUAGAGGUACACAUAUUUUGAAAUCAUUUCAGCUUCUACUUCAUUCCUGCGUUGACGGGUAACAUACAUUUCGGAUACUACUGUCAAGUGUGUACAGUAAUAUACAAAAAUAAAAGACGAUAUCAAACUUGUAUUUUGUGCGUUGUGCAAAAGUAAAUGCAUGUUCUGUGUAUACAUGUACCAUCUUAUGCUGAAAGACAUUUGAGUUUGACUGCUGGA